GAUUUGAAGCUAGUACAACGGCUAAAUUUCGCUACAGGUUAGAUACCUUAGAGGCCAUGAUGCUCUACGCUUGUGUGUGGACCGCUAGCUAACAAAGUUAUUUUAUACAGCUCAAGAAGCUCCAACAGCAGCUCCAACCAAGCUUUUAGUGAAACCGUACCAGAUGCACACAAACCCAAAAUGUGUUUAAUGUAAUGUUUAUGCUGAGAUAAGUGAAAAAGACGUCAAAACUAACUAAGCGAGCUAUUCAGCCCUAGUUUUUUUUUUUUUUUUUUUUUUUAAAGCGGGUUUGUUUUGGGAGCGCGCGUGCGCGAGCCUCUGUGUUUCGGAACAGGAAGCAGCGGUCAGUCAGAGACUGGAAGACUGAAGAGAAAGAGAGGCGAGGAGGUGGGAGUCUCCGCUGAAUGUUGAUUUUUUUAAAACUUGUAAUUGCAAAAGAGAUUUCCAAUUUUACUUUUGUACUGCAAAAAAGGGGUCAGUUUGAGGAUGGGGUGUACCCUAAGCACGGACGAUAAGGCAGCGCAGGAUCGUAGUAAAAUGAUCGACAGGAACCUACGAGACGACGGAGAGAAAUCGGCCAGAGAAGUCAAGUUGCUCCUUCUCGGUGCUGGGGAGUCAGGGAAAAGCACAAUUGUGAAACAGAUGAAAAUUAUUCAUGAAGCUGGUUAUUCAGAAGAGGAAUGCAAACAAUACAAAGCUGUUGUUUACAGCAACACCAUACAGUCCAUAAUUGCCAUCAUCAGGGCUAUGGGGAGAUUGAAGAUAGACUUUGGUGAAUCUGCAAGAGCAGAUGAUGCUCGUCAAUUGUUUGUGCUAGCUGGCUCUGCAGAAGAAGGAUUCAUGACUGCAGAACUAGCAGGUGUUAUCACGAGAUUGUGGAAGGAUCCUGGCGUUCAAGCCUGUUUCAGCAGAUCAAGAGAAUACCAGCUAAACGACUCUGCCGCUUAUUACCUGAAUGACAUGGACAGGGUAGCGCACGCCACUUACAUCCCUACUCAACAGGAUGUCCUCCGAACCAGAGUUAAAACAACUGGAAUUGUAGAGACACAUUUCACAUUUAAAGACCUCCACUUCAAAAUGUUUGAUGUGGGUGGGCAGAGGUCUGAACGAAAGAAGUGGAUUCACUGUUUUGAGGGAGUUACGUCAAUCAUAUUCUGUGUUGCACUCAGUGACUAUGACCUAGUUCUAGCUGAAGAUGAAGAAAUGAACCGAAUGCAUGAAAGCAUGAAAUUGUUUGACAGCAUCUGCAACAACAAGUGGUUCACAGACACCUCUAUUAUCCUUUUCCUAAACAAGAAGGAUUUGUUUGAAGAGAAGAUUAAAAGGAGCCCUCUUACAAUUUGCUUUCCUGAAUAUGCAGGAUCCAACACUUAUGAAGAAGCAGCAGCUUAUAUUCAAUGCCAGUUUGAAGACCUGAACAAGCGAAAAGACACCAAGGAGAUUUACACUCACUUCACUCAAGCCACAGACACCAAGAAUGUGCAGUUCGUGUUUGAUGCUGUUACUGAUGUGAUCAUAAAGAAUAACUUGAAGGACUGUGGUCUCUUUUAAAGCACCACAGAUCUUGAUUAGAUGAAAACAUUUGCCAGAUUUAACAGAUUUUUUUUUUUUUUUAUGGGGGGACUCAAUAUGAAAUGAUGGACCAGUACUGUACUGUUUGUCAGUUUUAACAGCUUUAUUUAUGUUCUUGUCUUGAACAUUUUAAAUCAGAAUUAAUGAAAACAUUUUGUCUGGAUUGUAUGUAUAAUUGUAACGGUAGCACCAGCUAAUGUUCACAAAAAAGGACAUUUUACAAGAGGAUGUUUUAAUUGAUUGACACAUUUCAUGUUUGGCCUUUUUAUAGUUGGAGGCUUGCCUUUGGUGGAACAAUUACAGCAUGUUUCCCAAGUUGUGGGGGUGGGGGUACAUAGUGUGAAUUUCAUUUGUAGGCUGUUGUGCCUUCGUAUGCCUUUUACUGUCCUUGUAAAAUGCUUUGCUUGCUUGCUAAAUUGUUCCAACAUAUAAGUGUAUAGUUUCAUGUUCAACGAUUUCCUUAUGUUUCCUAUGAAACGUAUACCUGUGUUACACACAAUUCCACCUUAAAUAAACAACCUUUUAAUAAUCUGUAUGACCAAUAAAUAUGACCACAAUGCAUUGCCUUAUGGGUAGUGCCAAAGUUUUAUAUAUGCUUUUAGUUGAUGAAAAUGCUGUAUUAAAUAGAGGUUCAUCUUGCAAGUCUCAACAUUUCUAAUGUGCUUAAUGUUUUAAAAUGCAAUUUGUUAUCCUUGAAAAUGAAAUGCAUCCCACUGUUUUAACGAGAAGCUUUAAAAAAUGUGGAGUAAAGUACUUGCAUAUAGUGAAUUAUGGUUAAAGAAUUUACUAUUAAAUCCAGAAAAUAUGUAAAUUUACGAUUUACUGACUAAGCUUUUCACACAGCAUACUAUUUCAGUGUCUAUCAGUCGUUGUCUUAUAAUUUAAAAUGACUGGUUUGGGAUAAUGUAAAUUAGAGGCUUCUAAAGAUCAGAACACAAAGGUCCUGCAAAGUUUGUAUUUGGAGCAUGGUAAAAUGUAAUUGUGAAUAUUGUCACAUUUCAACUCAUUCUAUUCAAUGACCGUUUUAAAGAAUAAUUUCCACAUUUUUGCUAAUAAAAACAAACUAUUUUGCAAUCUG